AUGCCACUAGAUGAGGAGUGGCGAUGUAGGAAAUUCGAGAAUGGCCUCCGCGGAGAUCUUCGUCUGAUGGUGGCCCCACUUUCCAUCAAGGACUUUGCAGCCUUGGUGGAGAAGCUUGCAGGCUUCAAGAGGUGCAACAACUGUGGCAAGGAGCGCCACUUUGGGAGGAACUGCCCCACCCUUGCUAGGGUAGUGACGCGACCUCUAGUACAGACUCCUGCGCAGAACCAGCAGAUGAGGGGAGGCAACAGGCCUCAGGCGUCAGGCAGAGUUUACGCCAUGACAGGAGUGGAAGUAGCGGGUUCAGGUUUGGUCAGGACGUCGUCCUUGUGCGCUAGGUAUCUGGUGGAGGUAGAAGGCGGAGACUGCCGAGAGAAUAGGUUGUUGUUUCCCAACUCAGAGGAGCCUGAGUUGUUAUCAUCCCAAGGAGUCGUGAAGGAGAUUCAGAAGGCCACGCAGUACUUCAUAAUUUUCACUCGUCUGGAAGUGGAGAAGGAGGAAGAGGCAUCGAUCAUACUAGUAGUACACGAGUUUGAGGAUGUAUUCCUAGAGGAGGUACCAAGGUUGCCUCCCAAUAGAGAGGUGGAGUUCUCUAUAGACUUUGUACCAGGAACCGGGCCAGUGUCGAUGGCUCCAUACCGUAUGGCUCCGGUAGAGUUGGUGGAACUCAAGAAGCAAAUAGAGGAUUUACUAGGGAAGCAUUUCAUCUGA